AUGAGCCUACAGCCGCCUGCUCCAACCAACAGAAGCGCUCACCAUAGAAGAUCUUCCUCAAAUAGUCCCUACCAGCAACAAGAACAAGAAACUUCCCCAAGAAACCACAGAAGAUCACAAUCUUCUAUUACUUCCGUCGGUAGCAUCCCUUUUUCUAAGACUGACUCGAGGCCUCAAGCUCUGGGUCAUACCAGAAGACAUUCUCUAGGCUUGGCUGAAGCUAAGAAGGCUGCUGCAGAAGCUCAUGCCCAAAGAUACCACAACUCUCCUUCAAAACUAUCAAGUUUUUCGGAUAGAUCUCCUCAAAGGAGUUUCCAGUUUCCACCAAAAGAUCCUUCUCAGACUUUACAGCCUCCCCAACCUGCUUUCGUAGAAAGACAUCAACCGAGUGGUUUGGGCCAUAGAAGCACUGGUUCAGAUUUAAGCUCAAACUGGAGAAAGCAACAACCUGCAACCCCUACCCACAAUAACAACAGCAACAGUGUGAGCAAUUUUGAAUCUCCAGCUUUUUUACCAGGUCAUCGUUCCAGAAACUCUUACGGUGGUUCCAUUUCAUCGAUUUCUCAAUUUAAUCAAGGUCAAAGAAAAUCACUUUUCGCCCCAUAUUUGCCUCAAAAUUCGUUACCUGAUCUCAUCAACGAAGGUAAGCUAGUCACUGGUAUUUUACGUGUCAACAAGAAAAAUAGAUCUGAUGCGUAUGUUUCCACCGAUGGUUUGUUGGAUGCCGAUAUAUUUAUUUGUGGUUCUAAAGACAGAAAUAGAGCUUUGGAAGGAGAUUUAGUUGCAAUCGAAUUAUUAGUCGUAGAUGAAGUUUGGUCCUCCAAACGUGAAAAGGAAGAAAAGAAAAGAAGAAAAGACACCAAGUUCAACUCUGAUUUGAAUGAUGAUGUUCAUAAUGAUGCCAGUACUUCCUCUAAUAUAAAUGAGCAAUCUAACUCAUCAUACCCAGCCUCCAAUUCCGGAAGCUUGAACAGAAAAAACUCUUUGAAACAAAGACCAAUCCAGAAGAAGAACGACGACGUCGAAGUUGAAGGUCAAUCGUUGCUAUUGGUUGAGGAAGAAGAAAUCAACGAUGAUGCCAAGCCUUUAUACGCGGGUCACGUUGUCGCUGUUAUCGAUCGUAUUCCAGGUCAGUUAUUUUCCGGCACUCUCGGCUUAUUGCGCCCCUCUCAAGCAGCUAAAAAGGAGAAGGAAAAGGACAAUGACAGUGAUAAGAAAUCAUCGAAUCAUGAUAACGAUAACAGGCCAAAGCCAAAAAUUGUUUGGUUCAAGCCAAUCGAUAAAAAGGUUCCAUUGAUCGCCAUUCCAACAGAACAAGCUCCAAAAGACUUUGUUGAAAAUCACGAUAAAUAUGCAAAUCAAACUUUUAUUGCUUCGAUCAAAAGGUGGCCAAUCACUUCUUUGCAUCCGUUUGGUACACUAGUUGCCAGAUUGGGAGCAACUGACGAUGCUGCUGUUGAAGUUGAAUCUAUUCUAAGAGAUAACAAUUUCAUGUGUGAUGAAUAUAUUGAUGGGCAAGAAAAGUAUAUGAUGGACUUCCCUAAUACUGAUUAUAUUCUCUCAAACUCAAAUAGAAAACAAUUUAACGAUGAUUACAUUAUUGCGUGCUCUCAAAACGGCCAAUUUUGUGAUCAUGCAUUCCACGUUAAAGGAAUUGAUGGCAAUAAGAUCGAAUUAGGUGUUCAUAUUCUUGAUGUCAGUGAAUAUGUUUUGAAUGACACUAACUUAGACAAGCGGGCCAAAAAAAGAUCUCACGGUGUCUUUUUACCACAGAAGAGCGUUAAUUUGUUUCCUGACAAUAUCAAUAAAUUGAUUUCUUUCAACGAAGCCUCAAACUCUCCUGCAUUAUCAGUUGUUUUCGAAAUUGAUUCCUUAACUUUUGAGAUUGAGAAUGUUUGGAUGGGUGAAACUGAAAUCAAGCCAUCCAAAAGAGUUAAUUAUGAAGAGAUUGAUAAAAUUUUGACUGAUCUGGAAGAUUCGAAUCAUAAAAACGACAGUGCUAUUUCAAGUUAUUUUGCAUCUAUGGCGUUGAUUGCUUCUCGGUUGAAAAGAAAGCGUUUGUACAAUCCAACCUUGAACACUAAAAAUAUGCUACCUCUACUUGAUCAAUUGGAUGACGAAAGAGUGAAAUUAUCUUUGAACAUCUACGAUAACAUUGAAUCCACUUUUAUUAUAGACGAAAUUUUCCACAAUGUAAAUGCAGCUGUUGCACAAAAGAUUCACUCUGCCUUGGGUGGUAGGGCAUUCUUAAGAAGAUUUCCUAUUCCAACUUUGAACAAGUUUGAGUACUAUCAAAGCAAAAUUGCCCAGCUUGGUGUGGAACUUAACACCACCAAUGCCGGAAGCUUUCAGAACUCUAUUUUAAGUAUCGACGAGCCACUUAAAAGAGAGGCCGUGGAAACGAUUCUUGUUAAAUGUAUGGGCAGAGGUAAAUAUGUUAUUGCAGGUAAAACUGAUCAAGAAUUGAGUCAUUAUCUUCUCAACUUACCAACAUAUACCCAUUUUAAUGCCCCACUGAGGAGAUAUGCCGAUAUCAUUGUUCAUAGGCAACUCAAGCAUGUUAUCAAUAAUACGGUUGAUAACUACACUGAUGAUGUUGAUUCCCUGAAGGUCAUUAGCGAUUAUUGUAAUUUCAAGAAAGAUUGUGCUAAUGCCACACAAGAGCAAGCUAUUCAUCUUUUGCUAUGCCAGACGAUUAAUGAUAUGAGCAGCGAAACAGGUCAAGUGCUUUGUAGUGGUAUUGUUUUACAAGUUUACGAAUCAGCAUUCGAUGUUUAUUUACCAGAAUUUGGUAUUGAGAAAAGAGUUCAUGGUGACCAGUUACCACUUUCAAAAGCUGAAUUUGAUAAGGUAAACAAAGUUUUGAAGCUUUUCUGGGAUCCCAAUGUUGACUCUUCGACAUUUAUUCCAGCUGAUGAAAAUGAACCUUUGUCCUAUAGAGCCUCCAUAAAAAACAAAUUUAGAAUACCUGCUUUAGAUGUUGCCAAAAGCCAGGAUGAUUCUUCUAAAAGUAACUGUGGAUUGCUCAGCGAUGAAAUGUAUGAGAAGCUAAACAAUCUGAAGUUGAAACCUCCUCAUGGCGAAAACCCAUUAGCCCCGUACUUGAAAAAUUUGAAUGUUGAAGUAGAAGGAACAAACCACAUUCAAGAAAUCAAGCUCCUGGAUAAAGUUCCAGUCAUUCUAAGAAGUGAAAUUGGAAUGUCUUUGCCGUGCUUAACUGUUCGUGUUUUGAAUCCGUUUUGCGAGACACAAGGAAAGAGGUAA